GAAAAAAACCAACACAAACAAACAAAAACACACAACAAUAUGACGCUCUCUGACACCAUACUUUUUAUUAUUAAAUUCACUAACUAUAUACUCACAUAUUCAUGUAAUGUACAGUCAAUUCACAGAAAAUAUCUACUGCAGAAUGUCCGUCAUGCUUAGAUGCAUUAUAUUUUACGAUGUUCUAGGUUUUACUAGAUCCGAAUAUUAAGCUUAACUGGUCAAACCAACGCUAGUCAAACGCAAGAAAAAAUGCAUACACAUUGUGAACUCCUUGUGCUUGUUAAGAGAAAAACAUUUAAUACAAGCAGAGCAAGAAUACCGCUUAAAGAUUAUUCCCCCUCAUGUAGUGAACAUAAAGCUUCAAGAGGAUUCGUCACAAUGAGGUGAUGAAUUUUGGAAAGACAUUGCUUUCAAAUCCUCGGCAGUAAUUUAUUAUAGACUCAAAUGAGUUGUAAAAUGACAAGCAACGGCAUUAGAUCAUAUGUGUCAAAAGGAUUAAAAAAAUAUAACUUUUUGUGCGUUAAACGAGCAGUUUUAUUCAGUGUAUAAGCUAAGCAUAUUUUAAAGUAAAAAGGGCAACAUCUUAGAUAUUUAGAAAAUAUGGAAAGUUAGCUAAAUAAAUCUAUAAUAAUUUUAUAAUUAGAGUUCCAUUAGGAAUCCAGAAACAUUUUAAACUGCUACAAGCACGUAAAACAUAUGGUUUGUUUAUUCAUUAAUUUUAAAUAAUUUCAGUGAUAUUUGCAUUUUUAAAAUUAGAAUAUAUAUCUUGCACGGUAGUCUACUUUUCCCCUUCUCGGAUUUUCAAGGCAGUUAUAACCGAUUUACUCGUGCUAAACACAAUGGCAGGCUGUAUGGAAAACAAAAAUGAAAAUGACAAUUAAAGGACUUAGUAUUUCUGCAUGGAUAAAAUCCGCAUUUACCUGGAACCUAAUAAAAACCUAACAGUUUUUGAUGCACUACGUCAACAACAAACAGUAGGGGCGUUUAUUACAUCUUAUAUAUUUUUAAACCAUUUAAACCACAUUUGCCAUUACACCUGACGUGCGGGUCAAUUUCAACAUCCUCACAUCUUUGUAACUAUAUUUAUAUAAAUACAAUUAUCAGAAUAUUAAAUAUGACCACCUCGCUAAUUUUCGACGCGGGCGCCAUGCAAAGGAUGAUUUUGUAAGUUUAGGCGUGCUUAUAAGGUUUAUAGAAUGUAAAACAUUUAAACUGAUGCCAAUUAAAUCGUGUACUUUUUUAAGAUUGGCCGUCUUGACCCUGACAUUUGAAAAAAAAAGGAGGCUAGACCUCAUUAGAGAUUUGGAAAUUAACGACUAAAUAUGCAUCACUUCAGAUUGUCUGUGAUGAAAAAUAAAUCUUUCAAAGGGGGUUUGGAGUGGAGAAGUUGAGUGGGGGGAGGAACAGAGGCUAUGCACUUGAUCUGAUGCAAAGCGGCAGAUUUCUCAUUAACUUACCCGCUUGAACAUAUUAAUGUGCAUAUUUCCCCCUCCUCUCUCUCCCUUGGCCCCCCUUCUCUCUCCUGCUCCCUCGCGCUCUCUCCCUCUCAGCUCUCUCUCUCUCUAACUCGCUUUCUCCUUUUCUCGUUUUCAUUCUCUCACUCCCUUCUUAUCAGAAUCGCGCAGAGAGGUGUCCGUGUAGGGAUGCGAAAAACCAAUGGAAUGAAGAUCCGAUAGAAGAUGCAAAGGAUGGUGAAAGCACACAGCAAAAUAUGAAACUGCUCAUUUGCCGCCGAGUAAAUCAUAGAAAACUGGUUGGGAACUGGCACCCUUCACCGGAACUGUGAUGCUGGAAUUCUACAGUGGGAACAUGCCUAUAUGGAAGCUUUAGACAAGUUGAUUUAACAAAGGUAUACAAACCCAAACCGUUCAGUUAUUGGAAAUCAAGGCUUGACUGCUGUAUAGUUUGUUACCUCAGUAACUGUGAAACUGACAACUCUCUGAAGAUUCUGCGCUGCAUAUAAAGACAUUCAAACGCAAACUCUUCAACAAAAUCAGCACCAACAACAACAUCAAAAGAUGAGCUCGUAUUUCGUCAACUCUCUCUUCACUAAGUACAAAAGUGGAGACACUCUGCGGCCAAACUAUUACGAGUGCGGAUUUGCUCAGGACCUAGGGACGAGACCCACCGUCGUGUACGGUCCAGGCACCGGGGCCACUUUCCAGCAUGCCCCUCAGAUUCAGGAGUUUUAUCACCACGGCGCAUCCACGCUCUCCGCAGCUCCUUACCAGCAGAGUCCCUGCGCAGUAACUUGUCACGGCGAGCCGGGUAACUUCUACGGUUAUGAUGCUCUCCAGAGGCAAACGCUUUUCGGGGCUCAAGACGCCGACUUGGUUCAGUAUAGCGAUUGCAAGCUCGCCACGGGGGGCAUCGGCGACGAGACGGACAACACAGAGCAGAGUCCGUCGCCCACACAGCUGUUCCCCUGGAUGCGACCUCAAGCUGCCGGACGGAGGCGAGGCCGCCAGACCUACAGCCGCUAUCAGACACUGGAGCUCGAGAAAGAGUUUCUCUUCAAUCCCUACCUAACACGCAAGCGACGGAUUGAAGUAUCACACGCUUUGGGACUGACAGAACGACAGGUCAAAAUCUGGUUUCAAAACCGUCGCAUGAAAUGGAAAAAGGAAAACAACAAGGACAAGUUUCCAAGCAGCAAGUCUGAACAAGAGCAGAUCGAAAAUGAGAAACGAGAGAAAGAACAGGCUUCCGGGACACAGUCAGCCGGCGAAGACUGCGACAAGGCAAAACAAAUCUAGAGCGGAUGCGCGCGCGUGGGUGUGUGUGUGUGUGUGUGUGUGUGUGUGUGUGAGAGAGAGAGAGUGUGUGUACGUGUGUCAGUCAAUCAAGACGGCAAAGAAUAAAUAGGGAAAAUAAAACAUACAAUGAUGAAGAGAAUAACAGUGUUUGCAUGGAAGGUCUGUCUCACAGAGACAUUUUAAUCAAAUUGAGUGGUUACAUCUUUCACUCAAGGAAGAAACAUAAAAAUGACCUGGACUAUAUGACUAUAAACUUAAUGUGGUGACCACAGAACUUCAGGAAGACGAAGGACAAGAGGCAUUUCUACUUUUUAACUGUUCUUCAGAGAGUAUGAUAGUGUUAAAGCUAGUCUCCUUUCUUUGUGAAAUAAUUAUCGUGAAACUUAAGUUUCUAUUGUUAGGAUAUUGUCAUUAACAAUUACCUUGGCAGCUGUAUAGUUUUUAAGUUCAAUGGUGCACUUUUAACUGUUCUCACUUAUAUGUUAUGAUGAUGACGUAGAAAUUAAUGACUUCCAACAACAUGAAACUGCCUAUUUAUGCCGUAGGAUCUCUUUUUACACGUCUUUGGUUUCUUCUUAAAUCGAUGGUAAUUUUUGUUGUCUUCCUUUCAUGGGGCAAGCAUGCGCACAGUGGAUUAUAAAAAUGAAUAAACAAUAAAA